UUAGUUUCCGGGUCUGCUGCUGUGACGUCUUUGUUGUGAGCACGGUUUAAGUCCACCGUCAAUACGUCCACCUCAUCCCUGAGGAGGCUUAAACCCCAAGAGCAUCGGCCAGGACUGUGUUUGAAGCUCAGCCUGAAGCCUCUCCGCUCCUGCUUCGAGUCUAGGUUGAGAGGUCACAGGUGAUGCUGGAUGGGCCAGCUGUGGGUGCUUUCCUGACCUUCCCUGGGCCUGCAUGUGUAACAUCAGUGAAACAUGGCCGGCAACUUCCGGAGCUACAUCUGGGACCCAGUCCUCAUUAUCUGUCAGAUCGUGUUGAUGCAGUGCGUCUACUACAGCUUCCUCGGGCUGUGGAUGGCCGGAGUGGACAGCUUGGUCCACAGUAGUCGCUCGCUAGAUCAGAUCUUCAGCUAUGAACUCCUUGGUUUUGCAACAAUGCAGGGCAGACUCUCGAUGAUGGCGUUCAUCUUGAACUCUCUUACCUGGUGAGCAAUAGCUGCUGAGUUGUCAGUGCACACACAAAGCGAUG